AUGGUAUCAAGCACCUUCUCAAACCUGGUCUUGCAGCCUUCUGAAUUGGGCGACAAACCGCUUGAAGAAUGGACGGAAUCGGACGUGAGCUCCUGGUUAAGGUCAAUAGGAGUGAAGGAGCAGUAUGUUCAGAAGCUGGAAGAAGAGGAAGUGGAUGGCAAAAUCCUCAAGGAGGUGACCGAAGACUUUCUGAAAACAGAGACUGGCAUGAAGUCUGGCCCUGCUCUUCUAAUAGUCAGAAAAAGAAAUGAGCUUGUUGAAUCUUUCCAAGGACACAAACUUCAAAGGACCAAAAAAACUCAAGGGAGCAGUCGCAAUAGAGGAGCUGGAAUUCAAAAUGAGCAGCAAGGCACAGGUGAUGUGACCACUGGUGCUGGCACCAAUCAGUCCCAUCCAGAGACACAGACACAAAAGGACCAAUCGUCCUUGUCCACUAAGAAAGACUGUAAACCAAGGCCUUUUGGCAAAGAAGGCAUUGACUUCACAUACGUCAAGAAUAAUGUUCUACAGCCUGAAUCUGGUGUCAUUGAUCUUAUCACACCUUGCCAUGAAUACAAAUCCCUGGCAAAUGCUACUAAAUUGGACAGGACAAGGCUACAAGCAAAAUUUGCUAAGGAGGUUCUCAAAUUUGGUGCUGGAUGCAUGAAUAUUCGAACAAAUGGCACAAUACACUUUGGUGUCAUGGACAGUAGGGAUGACACAGACUAUACACAUGGUGAAAUAAUUGGCAUUCCUGUAACAGAGAAAGACAUCUUCGUUGAUGCGUUAGACUAUAUAGAACGGUGUUUUACUUCUGACAGCGAACACGUGCGACAGUGUAUACGCCCACCACAGUUUAUCGAGGUUAUAGACAUAAACAGCACAGAAAAACGUUACAUUGUGGAGGUCGACAUCGUCCCCACAGUGAGCAUAGUGAAGAACAAAGUGUACUCUGUCCGCCUUCCAAACUUCAAGGAAAAAUCAAACAAGGUUGAACUAGAAAAGGAGGCAAUGUAUCGCAGAGUAGGAUCCAAAACAGAACCAGUUAUUGAUCAAAAUGUGUUUGCCUUCUACCAACGUAUGAAAGACAGAGAUGAUCUGAGAGAAGAGGCUGAAAAGUCACAAUUUCUCAAUGCACCAGAUUUCUGUGAAGACCUGGGCAGGAAACUCACAAUGCUUGUGACCAGCGGGAAAAAGUUCAUAGAAACAGAAAAGUGGUACAUCCUUGUUACCAACAAAUUCCAGCAGGACCAUUUGAGAAACAUUGACUUUUUAUUGAACAUGAAGAUUUUCUGUGUUUUUGACUUUGACCCAGAUUCAAAAGUGUCUGGAUUCUGUGGCAAAUACCUUCAGCACCAUGCUGCAAAUCUGCAUUUCAUGCAGGACUACAAAAUCCGAAAUGACAUGAGCACCAGAGAAUUUGAGAGGCACCUACACUUGUUUGAACAGACAAGCUGGAUAUUUUGCAAUGGACGAAAUGAUUUCCGUGGAAACGAAAUCCCUUGUGAGGAAAUGACCUGGAUCAAAACCAAAAUCACACUGCUGAGGGAAUCUGUAUCGCUAAUAUGCAAACAGAUCUUGCCGAAGGGCUCCUUCUUGGUGAUCUUUCUUCUCACUUCCCCUGUAGAGAAGCCUCAGUUGCAUACUUUCUCUGAGUUUUUCACUGACAUGGAAGGCCACGAAGACAUCAUAUGCAUUGCAGAAUGUGAAAAAAACUUUCAGAAGUGGCAAGGCUUUGCCGAGGCAUACUGUAGUGCCGAAAUGGUUAACCGUUCCAGCGUUGUGGGGAUGAAAAUGAGCCAUGUGAAUGCUACUCUGCAACGCAUUCAGCCUCUGACGACUCGAGCGACCAAACAUUUGUCAGUUUUCACAAAAGGAGAGUGCCUCCUUGAAACUAAAGAGGAGGAAAGGAUGUACUCCUUAGAGAUCCUGAGUGUUGAUCAGUGUGAUGACACCUGUGCCGACUUCAUUGAGGCAGAAAAAGAAAACUUGGAACGGCAGUUUUACCAUGGCGGUAAAGUGAAGUGGCUGAAUUUCUGGCUUGCAGAGAAGAAGUAUCUUGACGAAAUCAUUCAGAGAGAUGCAUACAGGGAAAUUUCAAAACUGCUCAAUGACAUUCAGAAAAGAGGUGCUGACCAACUACCUGUGAGCAGCAUCAAUAUAUACCACCAUCCGGGCAGUGGUGGGAGCACAGUUGCACGACAGGUACUUUGGAACAACAGAAAAGACCUACGAUGUGCAGUUGUGAAGCCGUCAUACUCGCCAAUUAUUGUGUCUGAGCAUGCAGUUCAGCUACGCGAAUAUGAAGAAAAAGAACCCCCACAAAAAUGCCUCCCAGUAUUCUUACUGGUGGAAGACUGUGAGAAUGACUACUUUGAUGACCUUCGGAAUGAACUGGUGACUGCCGUCUACACCAAGAGAAUUGCACAAGGGACGCCCUGCUUCAUUCUUCUGAGCUGCAGACGUUCACACAAUCCAGAGAAAAAAUGCAAAGAGUCGCCUCUCCAGAAUGUCGCCGUGACCCACAAAUUGUCACCAGAGGAGAAGAGGCAGUUCUCUGGGAAAAGAGAGAAGCUCGAACAACAGUAUCAGCCAGAGUUCAUCUUGACAUUUGUCCUGAUGAGUGAAGAAUUUGAUCCAAAGUACAUAGAAGACUUUGUGGAACAUUUGUUGCAAGACAUUGACCACAAAUCUGUUGUCACAACGCUAAUUCGAUAUGUGGCUUUGCUUAAUGCCUAUGUGCAGAACUCCUUCAUCUCCCAGUCUCAUUGUGAGGCCUUGAUGAGAAUGACCAUCCAAAUAGACAGAUUCCGCCAACACACCUUUGAGAGAUCUUUAACUGAGCAAGCUAAGCUUAUCUUCAUACACUUGAGAGAUGACAAGACACACAUUCAUUCAAUCCGUAUCAUUCAUCCACUGGUGGCAAAGGAGAUUCUCCAGCAGUUGUCAAGUAGUCAGCAGAAGCAAAGCAGAAUUGCAAUGGAUCUUCUAUGUGACAAUGUGCUUUAUGAGAACAGGUUUGGAAAAGAGGAGUAUGUAAAGUUUCUCAGAGCUUUGUUCAUGAGACGCAGCAGAAUCAUGAAAGGUGACGAAUCAGACACUUUAUUCUCUCCUCUCAUUGAACAUGUGAUGAGAGACGAACGCCCAGACAAGGCAAUCGAGCUUCUAAAAGAAGCAUACACACGAUUCAACAAAGAUCCUUUCUUUGCUCAGCAGCUUGCCCGACUCAACUACUACCAUGAAAAGUUUGAAGAGGCAGAACAAUGGGCAGAAAUCGCUGCAAAAAAGAUGCCCCAAAACUCCUACAUCCUGGACACUAAAGGCCAGGUGUAUAGGAGAUGGUUCAAUGCCAAAUGUCAAGAGAUUGAAAAAAAGACAAAGACACCACAAAACACAGCGGACGCCAUUGAAAAAGCACUCAAAGCCAUAGACUGCUUCAAGGACUGUCAGAUGGCAUCCAUCUCCGAUCCUGAUUUCAUGAACAAUUCAGGCUUUUUUUCUGCAGUGGACACUGGAUGCAACUUGGUGAAGUUAAUUUUUUCACUGCAAUUGUUUUCAAGCAAAGCUGGUGGCAGCUCUGAGUGUCUGAAGUACCUUGUUACAGAAUACAUCCCUGAAGCUGUUAAGACUCCUUGGGAAAGCUUCCACAUGAAACUGAAAAGCCUUCAGAUGUCCAUGCACAGUGCCUUGGAAUGGAUCUCUGAAGACUUGUGUUACUUUCAGACUGAUGUAAAUGCAGAGGAGGAAGACACCGCUGUGACCUCUGAGAUAAAAAUAAACAAUCCAAAGAACUGGUUGGUGAAUACGUCUGCUGCAUAUGGAAAAUAUUUCAGCAGUGUUUCUCUCAGCACAAUUCCGCAGCAAGGCAAUGCAAAUCCAAUGAGCUUGACACCUUUCAUGAAGCGUAUGCAGAUAUACCGUCUUGGAGGGGGGAAUAUAACAACAAUCUUCUCCCUCCUGCAUGACCAGACAGACAGGGAACAAAUCCAAGUGCUGGAGGAAAUAAUAUCCCUGUAUCCUUCCAACCCACUGAAUGCAAGGCUGGACCAAAUGGAUCUUGUGAACUACAUAGCAUCUCACAUUGCUUUAGGUUGCCUUUCAACUCAGUCACCGAAGCUUGCACCAAUUCAGUAUCUUCAAAAUCUCUGCCAGCAGUUCCCAAAUGAGAAGAGCAAAUGCUUAUCAAGUGCUCUUUUCUUGCUCACCUUGCUUUUCUGGCCAGAUGGCAAUGAAGAUGAUAAAGAAAACAAAUACAAAAUUGUCAUGUCAGCUGUUGAAUUCCUUGGUAGAAGUUACUGGACCAAAAUGAAAGACAUUCCCCGUAGGAAGAGGAGAAUUUACACUCACUUUUUCCUGAGUAAUGGAAAUGGACGGGACAAGAUUGUACACAAGAGCAGAGUGGAGAGUCUCACGAAGAAGCUCCCUGUGUCAGAAAAGAGGAUGAAGUGGCUAAGCGGGGAGGUGUGGAAAAUGCCAGAGAUUAAAACACUGUUGAAGCCUGUUCAUGGCUGGACAGAGGAUGGGAAUGUGUUUCUCCAGGGUCCUCAGAACAAAAAGUUCCAGAUUCCAGCUUUGAAUUCAGCCUCAGUACCCUAUGGCAAUGAGAAUGUUACUUUCUACUUGGGCUUCACGUUUAGAGGGCCCGUGGCCUACAACAUUACCGAAAUAGCGUAAAAUGGGAAAAUAACAUUGAUCUGCAUCAUGGAUUCAUCUAAUACUUGUAAAUAUGUAAUUAAUUGCCAUGGUGAAAACAAUCCAUGAAUUAUGAUGAUUUUGAUUUUUGAUAAAGUAAACCAAUACAAAGUUGCCAAUGUCAACUGUUGAAUCCCUCAGUUAAAGUUACUGGACCAAACUGACAUGCCCCAUAGGAAGAGAAUAAUUUACACGUUUUCCUGAACAAUGGAAAUGGACGGGACAAGAUUGUACACAAGAGCAAAGUGGAGUCUUGCAAAGAACCUCCUUGCGUCAAAAAGAAGGAUGAAGUGGCGAGGUGUGAAAAAUACCAGAGACUAAAGUUCCCAUAUUGUACACCUUUCCAAUGUUUUAUUUUAGGAGAAGACGUUUGUGUGGUUUUAAGUGCCAGAAAAAAAGAUAUACUGAGAACCGGCUGUUUUAGUGACUGUAUCAUUAAGGCUAAUUCAUAGCAAUAAACUUCUGUUCUGAUUGGCUAAGAUGAGCUGAACGCUUGGCUUCGUUACGGCUACAAUGUGGACCACGAUG